AUGGCCUCCCUCACAGCGCCGCGCCACAUCGCGCUGCUGGUGCUCGUCCUGGCGGCGGCCUCGGCGCGCUUGGCCUCUGCGGCCGGCGCGUGCGCGGCGGAGAAGUUCCCGGCGGGGAAGACGUACGCGACGUGCACGGACCUGCCGCAGCUGGGCGCGGCGCUGCACUGGACGUACGACGAGGCCAAGUCGUCCCUCUCGGUGGCGUUCGUGGCGGCACCCGCGGGGCCCAACGGGUGGGUGGCGUGGGCGCUGAACCCGACCGGCGAGGGCAUGGCCGGCGCGCAGGCGCUGGUGGCGCUCAAGGGCUCCUCCUCCGCGCCCGCCGUCAAGACGUACAACAUCACCGGCUACGUUCCCCUCGGCGGGGCGUCCACGCCCAUCGCGUUCCCGGCCACGGAGCUGGCCGCGGACGCCGGCAGCGGCGGCAAGAUCCGGCUGUACGGGAAGCUGCAGCUGAAGAAGGGGAUGACGGCGGUGAACCAGGUUUGGCAGGUGGGCACCUCCGUCACCGGUGGGGCGCCAGACAAGCACGCGUUCGCGGCCGGCAACCUCGCCGCCAAGGCCAAGCUCGUGCUCUCCGGCAAGGCGACCGCCCCGGCGCCUGCGCCCGCGGUGAUGGCCGGUGGCCCGGCCGGCUCUGCCGGUAGCGUGGGCGGCGCUGGGGCCGCCACGACGCCGGCUGCUGGGAAGCCCGCCUCUGCGGCGGCCACGGUCGGCGUGUCGUCGGUCGCAGGCGUUGCGCUCGCGUUGAUGGGUUUAUUGGCCGUAGUAUGA